AGAAUGAGAUACAAUUACAGUGGUAUAAAGUCAACGACAGCAAUGAUUACAGUUAUAAGCUGAAAUACAGGAACGAAGAAGUGCCUUCAAUAUUUGGAUCUACCGAUUCUACAGUGGAACAUAAUGUCACGUCUCUGAAUGCUGGGACUGAAUACUUCUUUACGCUCUACACUGUGUUUGAAAAUGAAACGAGCAGUGGAUACAACUUCUCCAAUGUAACCAUGCCAUCUAAUGUUGAAAAGGUGACGGCGAAGCUCAAUGACACCGACAUGAUCUUACAAUGGAAUAUUGUAUCAAACAUAGACAACAACACUUACAACUAUGCUCUUGAAUACAGAGAUGAACCGGUGAAUUGCAUUAAUUGCAUUGCAGAAAGAAAUGAGGUAACAUGUCAUAUAUCAGCUUUGAUUCCUGGAACAAAUUACAGCUUCACUCUGUACACAAUGUUUGCUGAUCUGAGAAGUACUGGAUUGAACUUCUACAACAUGACGACUCUAUCCGACAUAACUGAAGUUUCAGUCACUCGGUCACAGACGGAUUUGAUUAUCUCAUGGAAUAAGUUAAACAAUAAUGACAUCUACAACUACACUUUGAAAAUGCAGGGAGAGGAGAAACAUUUCACUGGAUCUGUUGAUAAGUUAACACAUACUUACCGAUCUCUCACACCGGGGACUGAACACAGUUUUAGUCUCUUCACUGUGGUGAACAAUGUCAUAAGUACAGGAUACAGCUUUAAGAAUGUCACUACUCUUGACUGUGCGUCCUUUAACUGGAUAGUUACCAACUCAUCAAUAGAGGCUCAAGUGAAUGGUUCCACAUAUGUGACAGCUCAAAACAGCACCGGAAGUGGUCAAAGUGGCUCUGUAGAUGGCAACAGGGUGAAUCUGCGAGACCUAUAUCCUGGAGAAAGCUACACUGUCUCACUGUUUUAUGACUUAGAGUCACAGAGGCUGCCACAGUGCUCACACCGCUUGACGUUAGUUCCAAAUAGUGUAUCUCACCUCCGCUGUAAAUAUCAUUCUGGAGGGUAUGGCCUGGCUGUAAUUUGGGAUCUUCCAUAUGGAGUUGUGAAUAUGGUGCAGGUAGAUGUAGGCAAACAAAGUUUUAACCAAUCACAUAGUUCAGAAAAUCCAAUAAAGUUAGAGGUAAAAGGCCUGCAAGCUGCCCAGUGGUACGAAGUGACAGCAACAUCAUUCUCUGGAGCCAUGACGAGUCAAAAAGUAUCAGUCAACUGCCAAACAGAUCCAGCAGGUGUUAUAGCAGGUGUUCUUGUGUUUUUUCUCUUGGUCAUCAUUAUUUGUGUUGCUGUUUUUGUAUGGCACCGCUAUGGUUCUGCAAAGCAUAAUAAAAUGCCCAAACCAUCUGUGGAGUCAAAAGUGCCUAAUAAAAACUACAAGUAUGUAUUGAUUCCCUUGGAUAAAUUUCCUGAACAUUUUCUAAACAUGAUUCGUGAUGAGAAUAGAGGUUUCAGUGAGGAAUAUGAGGACUUGAGUUCAGUGGGUAUAGAACAGUCCAGUGUUGCAGCUCUUCUGCCUGAAAACAAGGACAAAAACCGAUUUUCCAAUGUUUUAGCCUAUGACUCCUCUAGAGUGCAUCUCACCACAAAUGAUGAGGGUGAUUCUGAUUAUAUAAAUGCUAACUACAUGCCUGGCUACACCAAUGCAAGCAGACAGUAUAUCGCUGCUCAAGGUCCACUGCCAUCCACUGUCAAUGACUUCUGGAGAAUGGUUUGGGAGAAAAGGUCACAGGUCAUCGUCAUGGUAACCAACUGCACUGAGAGUGGAAGGGUCAAGUGUGAGCAAUACUGGCCACUGGACUACAUGCCGUGUCUUUAUGGACACCUGCUUGUCUCAGUGAAAUCGGAGGAUAAAUUUCCAAGUUGGACUCUGCGAGAAUUUAAUGUCAAAAAUAAAACCACCUCUGAGACACGAACAGUGAGGCACUUCCACUUCACAGCAUGGCCGGAUCAUGGCGUACCCACUGGCACAGAGGAGCUGAUCCAAUUCAGAGGACGCAUCCGUCAGCACGUAGAAAGCUCUUUCUCUGCAGGGCCAACAAUUGUACACUGCAGUGCCGGAGUGGGCCGGACAGGUACCCUGAUUGCGCUCGAUGUUCUGCUGCAGCAGCUGGACAAAGAUAAGGCAGUGGGAAUUUCAGCAUUUGUCCAGCAAAUGAGACUCAGCCGGCCACUAAUGGUGCAAACUGAGUCUCAGUAUGUGUUCCUGCACCAGUGCAUCAUUGAUACUCUACAACCCAAAAGUGUGCCCAAGUCAGAGCCUCUCUAUGAAAACUCAGACAUGAUUUAUGUCAACGCAAUAGCAUUAAGAGAAUAUGAAAAAUAAAGUCAAAUAUGAGCAGAAAUAUAAGCCAUAUCAUAUGGUCCAAUGGCCCAUACACAGCCUUCUAUAAAUAAACACUGAAAGCCUGGAUUAUACGGGUAUUAUAUACACUAAAAUGCUGUUAUUGUUAUUAUUUUAUUUAAACACAGUCUUCUGCUAAUAAGACUGAAAGAUACUGGCCAUGGUAUUUUGAGCCUAAGCUAUAAAGCACUAAAGGUUUACCAUUUAAACUUAACUGCCAGUCUUUAUUUAACUAAAUAGCUGUGUAUAGGCUUGUUUUUAAUGUUCAAUUUUUGCUUGAUAAGCUGUGCUCUCUGAAAGGAAACUUUCCUUUGAGCUGUACUUAGUGCUGCUUAUUUUGCACAUUGCUUUUAAAUGAGAUUUUUGUUGUUGUUGUUAAAAUUGAAAUAAGAGCUGGUCUAUUUAAUAUCAGUUGAAUUCAAUUUGUUUUAGAUUAAUAGAGAAGAAAAGUAUUUUUCCAUUAUUUUUUUUUUCUAUUUCGCCAGUGUCAUGUAUUCUCAGCUGCCUGUCGUUUAACAUGCUUUAAAGGAACAGUUCAUUUAAAGACGAUAAUUAUUUACAUCAGGACUGGGUACCCUGAUUUAAAUCAUUUCAAAUCUGUAUGCAAAAUAGAGAAUGAUUUUUCAGAGCUGCCAAGAAGUGAUAAAUUAUAAAGCUUCACAGAUAUGGUUUCUGCAAACUGUUGUUAUAUGGAAAGAGCUGUGUAAACAUUCUUCAAACAUUUUGUAUUUCUUAAAUUACCAAUCAGAGUUUAAGAUUAAGUUGCGGUCACAUUAGUGAAAAUUCAGUCAAAUUUAAGUAAUUUUCACAUUCGCCUUCACAUAUUUGGGUAAAUACUGUUGUGUGUUACCUGCUUUGGUAUUUGCUGGUCAUGUAAUUUUUUUGCACUUUAGUAAGAACAGAAAUGUAACUGAACUUUAAAUUUUGAAUACAUUUGCAUCAUGUCCUAACCAGGCAUAACAUAUGUUUCCAUCCACAAGCAAUUUGUAAUUAAUUAACUUAAAAAAUAUAUAUAUAUU